AUGACUACUGUACCACCUCUAUAUUACAAUAAUGACCCACAUUCAUUUGGAUUCGCCACUGCAAGAUCCAGAUGGCCUUCUAUUCUAGAUUCCGUCAUCAAAGAUGUCGAGGCAACAAUGGUGGAUUCCAAUAGCCGAACUGAGGUUUCCCAGGGCAAAGAGAUUGUACAGGAUAUCACGAGGCUUAAAGAGGCUAUCAUGAAGAAUGGUGAGAUUGGUUCAUUCGCUAAGCCGGAUAUUCCCGGAUUACAGUCUUACGAUGACACUUUAGAGACCUUAGGUGCGAUUACAUGGUUGACUGGUCCUUGGCUAUUCUGCGAGUGCUAUCUUUACCGUAGAAUCGAUGCAUAUUUCAAGUCCCGCUCUGAGUGGGUUGAAUUCGACCCAUUCGAGUCCAAGAAGGAGACUGCCUUCCGUUCCAGUGGUCCCGGUAUCAUCGAACUUUGCCUAAGAUACAAGAAAAUGAGUCUAUCGCUUGCAAAACAACAAAACGAAGGAUCCAUCACCAUCGACCGAUUACGUGUAAUUUUUGAGGAAUUGAUUGACGUGUCUCUCUGGGGAAAUGCAAUAGAUCUCUCCCUUUUGGCAAAUGCCACUUUAGAGGAUCUUCAAUCGCGCCAGGGUGCAGAGGCUAUAGCCAAAGCUUCUAAGAAUGUACUUUGCAAUGACUUACCGCUAGCAUGGAAUCGACUAUUGUCCGUUCCUAUUGAGAAAAGGCGCGUUGAUUUUGUUCUUGACAACGCUGGAUUCGAGCUUUUCACAGAUAUUGUGCUCUCUUUAUUCCUUCUUGACUCUAAAUUAACUAAGAAGGUCGUAUUCCAUUGUAAAACUAGGCCUUGGAUGGUUAGUGACACUAUGAUCAAGGAUUACGAUGUCUUUUUCCACGAGAUUCUUCAUGCAUUUUCUGGCUCUAAUGAUGAAAGAAAGUAUCUAGUGGAUAGAUUGCACGAUUAUAAAGCUUCGGGUAAAUUCCAAUUGGUUGAUUCCGAGUUUUGGACCGUUGAUUUAGACUACUGGCAUCUCAGUCCGGAGGAAACUAAAUACGGAGGGGCAGAUCUUUGCAACCAUUUUCAGGACUCUGCAUUGGUAAUUGUUAAAGGUGACUUGAAUUACAGAAAGUUGACGGGAGAUAGAAAAUGGCCACGUGAUGUUCCAUUUACAACCGCUAUCGGAAAAUUGGCCCAUUCUGGUAUACAUAUUUUGGCACUAAGGACUUGUAAGGCUGAUGUAUGUGCCGGCUUACCUGUGGGUAAAGAUGAAGAGUUAUGUGAUUAUUGGCGGAGCCAGGGCAACAAGUACGGUGAGCUAUGGUGCUCAUCUGGCAAAUGGGCAGUUAUUUCGUAUUCAAGUGGCGAAAAUUAG